AUGUAUAGAAAUGAUUGUACAAAUGAAGAAUUAAUUGGAAAUGAAAAAGGUCGUGAAAAAGAAUUUAUCAGUAAAUUAAAACAAAAAUUAGAUAAAUUAGCACGUUAUGCAGCUGCAUCUGGUUCAUUAGAAGGUGAACCAACAUCUGUAACGAUAGAAAAACAGUGUGUAUUAAUUGAUCAAUUACGUACAAAACUUGAUCUAUAA